CCGGGCGGUAGCAACAGCGGCGGCGGCGGCCGCUGCGAGGGCCGGUAUUUCGGACGCGAAUGCCCUUCGCGCCGGCCGUCGAGCGGCAGCGUCGGAGCUCGCGCGGGGGCCCGGAGCCUGGGGGCAGCGUCGGGAGGCGCGGGCGUCCGAGACCUCCUGCUGCCUCUCCUGGCGCCGCUGCUUGGGCUUCAGCGAGGUGGGAGCCCUUCCUGCCUCCCCGUGGGCGGACCUCCGAGCAGACCCUUAUAUUUCCACCGCUGAGGUGAAGAGAUCCUGGAAUCGCAGCCGCAGAGGGGGUUAAGUGGACCUUCUACAACUCCUCGCAUCCUCAUCAGGCUCCCUUUUGGGGCGGGAGAGCACAUUGGAGCAUCUCGCUGGGUGCAGGAAUGGAAGAACCCACCUUGCAUCGUCUCUGCAGUGCUGCUUGCCUGUUCUACCCUUCAGAAUGAAGAGGGGACUUGUAACUCGAGGAGGUACUGAAAGCCAAAUGGCAAAGAAAAUAGAACAGUAAACUAGUGAUCGUUUGGGGGCCGCACGCGUUUCUGAAUGUAAUUGGACGAGCGUGAAAGAGGUGCCCUAUUAAAAAAGCACAACAGUCCUUUAAGAGGAGAAAAAUUGAGUUUCCCCAUUUUUGCCAAGAUUUUGAAGACCGUUCAAUGUAUUGUGCAUUUGAUAUAAGAUGAGAACUUUAUAAAAUAUUCUAAGAGCGUAAACGAUGACUACCCCAGCCCUGCUGCCCCUCUCCGGACGAAGGAUACCACCUCUGAACCUGGGGCCGCCUUCCUUCCCACAUCACAGGGCCACUUUGAGACUCUCUGAGAAGUUUAUCCUCCUCCUUAUUCUAAGUGCCUUCAUCACCCUGUGUUUUGGGGCAUUCUUCUUCCUUCCGGACUCUUCGAAACACAAACGCUUUGAUCUGGGUUUGGAAGAUGUGUUAAUUCCUCAUGUAGAUGCCGGCAAAGGGGCUAAGAACUCUGGAGUCUUCCUGAUCCAUGGACCCGAUGAACAUAGACACAGGGAAGAAGAAGAACGUUUGAGAAAUAAAAUUCGAGCUGAUCAUGAGAAGGCCCUGGAAGAAGCAAAAGAAAAAUUAAAAAAGUCAAGAGAGGAAAUCCGAGCAGAAAUUCAGACAGAGAAAAAUAAAGUAGUCCAAGAAAUGAAGAUGAAAGAGAAAAAGCCCCUGCCACCAGUCCCUAUACCAAACCUUAUAGGAAUAAAUGGUGGAGACCCAGAAGAUAAUGACAUAAGAAAGAAAAGGGAAAAAAUUAAAGAGAUGAUGAAACAUGCCUGGGAUAAUUAUAGGAUAUAUGGGUGGGGACAUAAUGAACUCAGACCUAUUGCAAGGAAAGGACACUCCACUAAUAUAUUUGGAAGUUCACAAAUGGGUGCUACCAUAGUAGAUGCUUUGGAUACCCUAUAUAUCAUGGGACUUCAUGAUGAAUUCCGAGAUGGGCAAAAAUGGAUUGAAGACAACCUUGAUUUCAGUGUGAAUUCCGAGGUGUCUGUGUUUGAAGUCAACAUUCGCUUUAUUGGAGGGCUCCUUGCAGCGUAUUAUCUUUCAGGAGAGGAGAUAUUCAAGAUUAAAGCAGUCCAGUUGGCUGAGAAACUCCUUCCUGCCUUUAACACACCGACUGGGAUUCCCUGGGCAAUGGUGAAUCUGAAAAGUGGAGUAGGGCGGAACUGGGGCUGGGCAUCUGCAGGUAGCAGCAUUCUUGCUGAAUUUGGUACACUACAUAUGGAGUUUGUCCACCUCAGCUACUUGACUGGGGACCCAGUUUACUACAAAAAGGUCAUGCACAUUCGCAAACUACUUCAGAAAAUGGAUCGUCCAAAUGGUCUUUAUCCAAAUUAUUUGAACCCAAGAACAGGUCGCUGGGGUCAGUAUCAUACAUCAGUUGGCGGGCUGGGAGACAGUUUUUAUGAAUACUUACUGAAAGCAUGGUUGAUGUCAGAUAAAACAGACCGUGAGGCAAGAAAAAUGUAUGAUGAUGCUAUUGAGGCUAUAGAAAAACAUCUUAUUAAGAAGUCCCGUGGAGGUCUUACCUUUAUUGGAGAAUGGAAGAAUGGGCACUUGGAAAAGAAGAUGGGGCAUUUGACCUGCUUUGCUGGGGGAAUGUUUGCACUAGGAGCAGAUGGUUCCAGAAUGGAUAAAGCUGGUCAUUAUUUAGAGCUGGGGGCGGAGAUUGCACGUACAUGUCAUGAGUCAUAUGACAGAACUGCAUUAAAGCUAGGUCCUGAAUCAUUCAAGUUUGAUGGUGCAGUAGAGGCUGUGGCAGUGCGGCAGGCUGAAAAGUAUUACAUCCUCCGUCCAGAAGUAAUUGAAACCUAUUGGUACCUAUGGCGAUUCACUCAUGACCCAAGAUACAGGCAGUGGGGCUGGGAAGCAGCACUGGCUAUUGAGAAGUAUUGCCGAGUCAGUGGUGGAUUUUCUGGGGUGAAAGAUGUAUAUUCCUCUACUCCUACACAUGAUGAUGUACAGCAGAGCUUCUUUCUUGCUGAAACAUUAAAAUAUUUGUAUCUGCUGUUCUCCGGUGAUGACCUUUUACCUUUAGACCACUGGGUGUUUAAUACAGAGGCUCAUCCUCUACCAGUGUUACAUCUAGCCAACACCACACUUUCAGGAAAUCCUGCUGUUCGAUGAAAGCAGCUCCAGAAAGACCAUUCUCACCUGUGUUUUGUUUACAUGGACCACUACAGAAAUGAGUCUGGAGAGGGGACUUUUGAAAACCUGGACCUCUUAAGUCAGCAUGGCAGGGUGAAACAUGACUGUUCCCCACGAGACUUUUCAACUUGUAGAUAUCUCAACUUUGAAAUGAUUCCAUUUUAUACCUGACCAAAACAUAUUCUGGUAUGUGUAGGACAGAGACCUGAUGUGCUUUGAUUCUUAAUGAGAUGGUCACAUGAGAAAUUAUGCCUGUUACUACUAUAUUGUUUUUAGAGUCCUGGAAUCUGGAGGCUAGACUUCCUAAGAAUAAGCCAAGAAUAUGGAGCAUCUUGCAGGAGUUAGAGAUGGCUUUGGAACCAGUUAUAUGUAUGUUUCCUCCCCAAGUGGAGCAGCUUUCAAAUCAAAUAUUUACUCGUUGUUUAUCCCUUUUUUCUCCAUUUUUAAUAAUGGAAUGAAUGAAAAUAAACAAGAACAGAAGAAUAGUAUAACUGCAUCAGCAGCAGGAAGAGUCGAAAAAGAAGCAGAAGUACCUGUCCCUUUCUGAUUUUUCCAGUUCCCCAAUGGAUGACCAGACUGGCAACCGUUUCAAAUCCCAAUCCAUUCCACUGAAAUUUCUUGGUUAAAUUUAAUUUUCUCUGAGGGCAUGAUCUCACAAAGAAUACUCUUCAAGUCUUUGUCUCCAUAUAGAAUCAUUGAAACUGCUAUUUAUCAUAACCACUGCUUAGACCGUGGGUUUGGGAUUUUGUGCAUGUUGUUCAGUCUAGUGUUGGUAGCAUGAUAAAAAGCGGGGAAAAUGCUGCAGUUUGUUGCCUUGAAACCUGUUCUAAGAGAAAGCCUUGGUUUUGUUGGUAAGAGAUUAUUUUCCCAAACCAGCAAAUCUACCAAGUAGAUUUUAUCCAUUUUUAACCUCAUUAUAAACUUAGUAGAAUCCUUCAACUUACGACUUUAUUUAUAUGGCUUAGCAAAACUCGUUAUACUGUUUUGCAGCUCUGAAUUUACCUUGAUGAGUCAGGUUACGUUCACAACUUUUUAAAUCAAAAACAAAAUAUAGUGAAACUUCCUUAAAUAUUCUAUCUGGAGUGGGGACAAGGGAUCCUUUAUUUAUUAUCUCAUCAGAUAAGUGAGCUUUUCACAAAUGUUUUAUGUAAAAAAUAAAUUCAACUUUUACUUUCUCCAAGGAUAUUUAGAGGAAUCCAAAGAAUUAAUUAGAAUAGCUUCAAAAUAAUUUUUGCUGAUAAAAGCGUCAUGUAAUUAAUUAUAUUACACAAAAUUUGGGAUAUAUCCAAGGGAUUUUCUCUUACCAUCAAUAGAUUUUGCAAUGAUAUUUCUUUUUAAAGAAAUUACUAUUUCUUUAUAUUUUGGGGGAAGAACUUAAAGUUUAUCAAGAACUGUAUUGUAAGAUAAAUAUCUAAAGCUUAUAAAUUUUAUGUCCCUUAAAUUUAUGUCACAGUGCAAGACACUUUUUUCUUCUUGACAUUUAAUCCAAAACAGCUUGCAUUGACAAUAAAAGUUGGGAGUAAUAAUUAGUUUAAUAUUUACUCUGAAUUUGAAGAUUUCAUGAAACAGUGUUUGUGCAAGAAGCCCAUCUUGGAAUUCUGAAGGCUUAUUUCAUUUUUUGAUAGCUUUUCUUUUUAAUCUCUUAUUAGCAUGUAGUAGAUUUAAAUUGGGAAAAGAUUUAAUAAAUUAAUAUAAUUAAAUAUUUUCUAAGGGUAAUCAUCUUAUAUCACAAAUAGUCAAACAAUCCUCACAGUUUACCAAGUGAUCCAUAAAUGAUACCCACCCCAAGAUUUUUCAGUAUACAUAGAAGACAAGGAUGAAGAGCCAGUUGCAUUAUUUAAGUUUUUAAGAGUUAAAGUUUAGCACAUAUUUUGAAACUGUAAUAUCUUUUACUACUUGAAAAAUUAAAAUUCUUAAAUGAGAAAGGUAGAUGACUGUAACUUUAGAAGAGAAAGGGAAAGUAUUUGCUUCUCAAAAAAAGUUUGCCCUCAUUUUUAUCCUAAAAAUAGCACAAGCCCACUUAUGAGUCACUAAAAAAAGUGAAAAACUGGACUUGGCAAUGACCCAGAGCAGCUGUGUAGAUGGCAGCAAACCUUCUCUCACUUUGUUUAGAAGAAGGCAGAGUGAAGGGGCCUACCUGGUUGCCCAGGAACUUCUCAAGGAAUGAGAAGACAGAACUCCCAGCCCAAGUGCUCUCUUUGUAUUUCUCGGGUGACUGGAGCUUAAGAGAAGCGGAGGAGUGUGCAAGCAUGGCUACUUCCGGUACAAGAAAAGAAUUUGAGAGGGACAGCGGAAGGGUCUUCUUCAUCACCCCCUACCUUCCUUGUGAUGAUGAGAAGACUAGAGCUUAUAACAAUGCUUCCAUUUUUUUUCUUCUCUGAAUACCAAAGGCAAUUAAAGUCAGCUACAAAUGA